GCCAGCCCCAGACCCCAGCAGCUAGUUGAGCUGGUAACUGGCACCCAAACCCUGGGCUGUGGGGAAGAAGAGAAAAAACACCCAAUAUAUCACUUGACAGCAAAACUGAGGUGUGAGGACAGAAAGCAGAGAAACCAGUCACUGAUCAAAGGUACUGAGGACAGCAGGAAGUGUCUGGAAAUGGAUGUCCGACGGCUGGAAAUUCCUGCUGAACUUGCAGCUGUCCUCCGCUUGGCUCAGGAUCACAAACAUGCUCAGAGUAAUCAAGUCACUGAGGUUUCCCUUCCAGAAGUCAAAGCAAAGGCUACUUUCUCUCUUCCUCCUGACAUCAGCAACUUUCCCUUCUCCACCUUCGUGAGAACUCACUUCCAGGAUGUGAGUUUCCCUGCCCUUGGGCAGCCCCUGCAAGAGCCUUUGACCCAACUCCGCCCUGAGCACAGACAAAAUGCUCUACAGCUCAACAAGCUGGUAAGAAGAAAUGAAUAAGCAGCUCAACCAGCAGGCCCAGCUAGAAAUAGGCAAUGUUUUAUUUUUCAGAAAUUUAAAGGGGUCUUGAGAGGUGUAUUAUUGUUCAUGGUGGGGUGUCAUUCUCAUUUUGGCUAGUGCUAAAAAAAAAAAAAAAGCCCUAGCAGCACUUAACGUUUCCCAUCAGCUGUCAUAUUUCCCUUUUACUUGUGUGUUCUUCCUAAUCAGAAAGUUUAAAUUGUGUUCACAUGACAUAGCCACAUGGUUUACACAAUUAACCCUCUUUUGUUUUUGGUUUGCACAACACAAACUGAACCGAAACUGUUGGUUCAUUUGUGGUCCAGGGCAUCAUGAAAACCCAACCAGUUGCAACUCCAACUCCAGUGUUUUGUGCAAACAUAGCCUAUGACCUUUGCCAUAGCAAGAAAGAAACCUGAGUUACGGCUGCUUUCAUGUUUUCAAAAUGAGAAAUUAGCCUUUUGUCUUAUUUUCUGUUUUGGCUUAUGAUGAUAGGUGUAAUCUAACACAACAUCUGUUGGGGGACGUUCAUUCAGUCUGCAAUCUUUACUUUCAAACAAAAUGCAAACUGCAAAUCUCAUAGCAGAGACAUCUGGCCUCAUUUCUUUCCCAGCCCCAUGCCUUUCACCUGAUGGCAUUUGGCUAUUCCCUUUAAAUGUAUUACCCAAACUAGGGAUUUAACUUUUUGUUUUCAUGGACCAGUAUGUUUAUCCUAGCUUUUUAAAGUUCUGUAAUGUAUGACAAAUAGGACUCUAUACCACCAACUCCAAUUUUUUAAAAUGACAUCUUUCAGAAGUAAAUGUGUUACUUAACCCUCCACUUGAAUAUAUGGGACUCCAUGUUUAUGGUUUACACCAAAGGAGAAAGCUCCGCCCCUUUUCCAGCACUUCCUUUCAAGCUCUGUAACAACCAUGCGACUGUGUUAGCCCAUCUGUCUGGCCCAUGGGAAAAACGACUUCCCUGGUUUGACCAAAGGAGGAAAUCAAAUCCAGUUUAAAUCCAGUACAAGUUUUAAAUAAUCCAACAAAAAAGCCAGAAAUGUUUAGUUUUAUUUUUUAAAAAUAAAUGAAAACACAGAUUUAGCAAGCUAAACUUAUGAAGGCUCUUGAGGAUCCUUUACCAGUUCAGGUUAGAGGGGACUUCCAGGAACUUCACAGCUUUCUCAGG